AUGAAGACAUCGAACCUCGUUACCGCCCUUGCCCUCGGCGUGAUUGCCUACGGGAUGCCUGCCACCGAAUGUCUCGCCACCGAAUCCCCGGAUUCUUGGAGUCCUGCGCCAGCUGAUCCGAUCAUUCUCGGGAGCCUUGCUUCUAUCGCCAUGACCAAUGCUGAGCCCCUAGCUGGCAACGUCAACAUCAAGGAACGUGGUAACGCCCCCGUCACCAUCGCCGGUGCAACCUUCCAUCCCGCCUGGCUUCCUCGAGUCCGUCCUGCCGCCCAGGUUAUCACGGUUGCAGGCCAUGCGGUCUUGAUGACGGCUUGGGUCGAUGCCCAGAACCGCAUUUGCAUCAUUCUCGAUGCAGCUUUCCCAGGAAGACCAUAUUCUCAAGUUCAGCAGUUCCGCGUCAUGAACUUGCGCUGA